AUGCAACGAGUUUUGGCUCACGUGUUUCGUUUCGUUCGCAUGGCUUGUACGCCUAAGGAUCAGAGAAAACGAUUCAAUUGUCUAACCGUCCAGGACAUGCGAAAGGCUUUAAUCGCCAUUGUUCGAGUUCUCCAGCAGAAUGAGCUUCGAGAGGAAAUUCUAAGUGUACAACGAGGAGAGUUACCCAAGCGAUUUGCAAGCCUACAACCAUUUAUCGAUAACGAAGGAUUAUUGCGAGUCGGGGGGCGCUUACAUAACUCGAAGCUGCCUUUCGAUGCCAAACAUCAAUUAUUGUUGCCUCAAAAACAUCGUAUUACGGAGAUGCUGAUUAAGAAGUACCACGAAGAACGACUCCACGAAGGUCAAACAGGACUGCUGGCGGCCAUUCGGCAGAAAUUUUGGCUGACAAAUGCGCGCUCUGUUAUAAGAAAGGUUAUCCACAAUUGUGUUAAGUGUUUCCGUACGAAGCCACGGAGCAUCCAGCCGCUAAUGGGAAUUUUGCCAGAAGCACGCGUUACCGUUAACGCACCGUUCGAGCUCACCGGGGUGGACUAUGCUGGACCGGUAUUUGUAAGGGAGGGUAAGCAUAAGCCGAAGGUAGUAAAGGCGUAUAUUUCAUUGUUUGUGUGCCUAACUACGAAGGGCAUACAUCUGGAAUUGGUGUCGGAUCUGACGACUGAUGCUUUUCUCGCCGCACUCGAUCGUUUCAUCAAUCGCCGCGGUUUUGUUCGGAAACUAUUUUCGGACAAUGGAACGAAUUUUGUUGGCGCCUCGAAGGAGCUCCACCAAUUACGAACGAUGUUCAACGACGAGAUGGAAAGAAGCAAAAUCAACGAUUACCUGAUUGCUCGAGAGGUGGAAUGGGAGUUUAUUCCACCGAGAUCGCCUAACUUUGGUGGUCUAUGGGAGGCCGGAGUUAAGGUGGUGAAAUCCCAUUUGACCCGAACUUUGGGAAACACUACUCUAACCUUCGAACAAUUUGCUACAGUGCUGACUAACAUCGAAGCAAUAGUCAAUUCUCGCCCUCUCUAUUCAUCGUCAGACGACCCAAAUGACCCGCAGCCAAUAACACCAGCCCAUCUAAUGCUUGGUCGACCGUUAGAACCUAUCGCCGCUUUCAUCGUAUUUGGACGUACCGCAAAAUCGGCUAUCUAA